AUGGCGCCACGGAAGUCGAAAGCAAAGAAUGAACAACCUGCCUCUUCAGUUGCUGCCGCCAAGAAGGCGCCGGUGUCGGUCGUUUUCCCAGAAAUAGCAGAGAAAGAAAGAUUGGAAUGCCGAGCGGUGUUGGAGGACCAGAUUCUCGUUGUCGAUGACUUCUUGUCUCCGGUGGAAUGCAAGGAAUAUGUGAAAUUCAUAGAUUCCCUUCCACUGGAACUCACACCGCCCAAGAAACGAGGCGAGGCUGAGCGAGUGAACCACCGAUUCUCUGUCACAUCGCUUGACUUUGCACAGAAACUGCACAAACGGUUAACGCCACAUUUACCCUCGUUACCGUACCCCACCUCGAUGCCCAAACGGAAAACGACAGUGCAGGAGGAUGCACCGAGACUUCCGCAUUCGUUCAACUCGAAUAUUAGGGUGUACAAGUAUACUGCUGGACAGUACUUUGGCCCGCACUAUGAUGAUUCAGUAAAAGAUCCCUUGACUGGCGCUACCUCGGAGUGGACCUUGCUCGUCUAUCUUACUGGCGAAGAAGACGGAGUGGAAGGAGGGGAGACACUGUUUUACAAAGAGCAGAAAGGCAAGCCUCGGGAGACGAUUACACCGCCUUUGAAACGCGGGUCUGCUCUGUUGCAUCGGUGA